GACGUCGACGAGCUUGUCAUACACUAUCCCAGUAUGUUCGAGUUAACGGAUGAUCUCCGCGGUAUGGGAGAGUCCAAUGCUGUUGUCAGUAGGCCUCUGCGUCUCAAUCGGGACGUGCUCACUGCAGCCGCGGCCAUUUAUGACGGUACGAUUCAGUACAUUAUCUUUGUCUCCUCCACCCAAGUUUGUAGUGCUACGAUGUCAGACUCAAGACAGAGGCCAUAUUCCAUGAUGAAUAGCAUAAUCUAG